GCGGAUGCGGAUGCCGAGGUGGCGGCCGCGGUAGCGGCGGCGGCGGCGGCGGCGGCGGCGGCGGCUGCCGCCGCGGAUGCAGAUGCGGAUGUGGAGACGGGCGGGGGCUCCGAGGGAAACCCGGACUUUCCUAUGGCCUCGCUCUAUGUGGGCGACCUGCACCCUGAGGUGACGGAGGCAAUGCUGUAUGAGAAGUUCAGCCCGGCCGGGCCCAUCCUCUCCAUCCGCAUCUGCAGGGACAAGAUCACCCGCCGCUCGUUGGGCUAUGCAUAUGUCAACUACCAGCAACCGGUGGACGCCAAGCGGGCCCUGGAGACCCUGAACUUUGAUGUCAUCAAGGGCAGGCCAGUGCGCAUCAUGUGGUCCCAGCGGGACCCCUCGCUCCGCAAGAGCGGGGUGGGCAACGUCUUCAUCAAGAACCUGGGCAAGACCAUCGACAACAAGGCUCUGUACAACAUCUUCUCGGCGUUCGGCAACAUCCUCUCCUGCAAAGUGGCCUGCGACGAAAAGGGGCCCAAGGGCUACGGGUUCGUGCACUUCCAGAAGCAGGAGUCCGCCGAGCGCGCCAUCGACGCGAUGAAUGGCAUGUUCCUGAACUACCGCAAAAUUUUCGUUGGGAGAUUCAAGUCGCAUAAAGAACGAGAGGCCGAAAGGGGAGCCUGGGCCAGACAGUCCACCAGUGCUGACGUCAAGGAUUUCGAGGAAGACACCGACGAGGAGGCCACCUUGCGAUGAAGACAUCCCAGGAGCGAGCCAGCCAGCAGAGCCAAGCCUUGGCUCCCACCCGGUUUACAACCCCCCUUUGCCUCCCCCACCCCCAACCCACCAGCAGUGUAUUGUAUUGGGAGUGCAGGUCUCUCGCUCUCUCGCUCUCGCUAUCUCGCUCUCUGUCCGUCUCUCUCUCUCCCCCCUUCCACCUUGCCUCCCUCCAUCUCUCCCCCCCCUCCCUCUCUGUCUCUCUCCCCUGCCCUCUCGUGCCCCCUCCCCCUUCCCCCACCCCCACCUUGGAUCUUGUGAAUAACCUUGCUAAUCUGUGCCACUUGACAGGUUAAAGCCUGCCUCUUCUCCUUGUGGUUUGGUUUAAAAAGCACUUUCUCUCUUUGUUUAUUGCACAGGUGAUACAGUUUCAUGGUAGGAACAUCAGGAAGGAGAAGGAAGUCAGAUGAGGGAAAACCAAGAGAGCAAUUGCUCCCCAUGACCCUACUACCCAGAGACAACCACUUUUACCUUUUUGGUGUGCUCUUUAUCCAGGCUCUCUUCUCUCCCUCUCUCUCCUGCCCUUCCUCACCCCCCCCCCUUCACCUUCCCCUUUAACACACUGUUAUAGAAUGGUUCAUGUAUGUAUGCGGUGUUUCUUAACCUGCUUUUUCAAAAACAAAAACCAAACAAAAAUCAACCCACUGAACUCCUUUCCAUGUUAUUCAACAGGCUUCAGAAACAUAAUCUUCAGUGCCUGCAGAGUGUAUCAAUGGACCCUAUCGUUUCUGUAAUCAUUCCCGCAUUGUUGGACAUUCAGGUGGUGCCUAGUUCUUUCCCUGUGUUUAAACCCAGCACUGUGUAUACGCUGAUGAGUGAAUUCUUCCUUGUCAAGCCAAAUCUUCGCUAGCAUACCGGAUGAUCUUAAUUGUGGACUUGCAGGAUCCACAUGUGGACAUUUUAAAGACCUUUCCUGUGUGUUGCCAAAUGGCCCCUUCAUAAGCAUUGUACCGAUUUGCAUUCAUGCCAGCCAGCUCAGCUAGUAAAAAGAGUAUGCCCAUUUCCCCUGCAUAGUCUCCUGGUCACUGGCACUGACGUGUGCGUGUCUGUGUGUGUGUGUGUGUGUGUGUGUGUGUGUGUGUGUCUGUGUCUGUGUUGGCCAGCUUGAUGGGCUGCAAAUGGUAUUUCGCUGUCCUUGGUUGUUUUGCUGAAUUUAAAUAUUGUUUAUCACCUCCUUCCCCUGUGCCUACUUCCUGCCCUUUUCCCCAUUGUCAGAAAAAUAAUUCAGCUUCAUUGCAGGAGAAAAAAAAAAAUCGCAAAGCAGACUAGUUAACAGAAGAAAAUUAUUGCCACCGGUAAUCAAUCCUAAUGACCACCCCUAUCUUCUUGAAGCAUUUUCAUCUGCAUCUGCCCAGCAUUUUUCGUGUGAUAUAUAUGUGAAUUUUAAUGUAUAUACUGUUUGAAUAUCUGCUUUUUCACACAUAAAUAUAUAAUAUAGAUAGAUAUAGAUGUAUGAAUAGAUAUUCUUGAACUUCCUUUCAUGUCAUUAAAUAUUCUUCUAAAAUA